AUGGGGAGGAUGUGUCCGUUGUGGUCUAGUGGUUGGGGUUUGCGACUCUCACCCGCAAGGCCCGGACUCGAUUUCCUGCAACGGAAAAGCAGGAUAAUCGAAAACAGCGUUGUUGGGGUACCGGAAGUGGAAUGCGGUCAGGAUGGUAUUGGAAUCGAUGUGGUCACCAUGCAUUCAUUUUUUGGGAGAUUAUAUGUCCAGGGUGAAAGUGAUAAUCCUAAUUGUGUGAUAUCACAUUAUGAGGGAGAUCAACAAUUAUAUACUCUCGAAGGGUUGUCAAAUAGCAAUCAACAAUUAAGAUUUUCGUUAAAAUUUGGUGAAUGCAAUAUGCGACGCCAGCGCACGUUGAAUCCACGUGGUAUUGCUUACACAUUCACACUGAUCGUAUCAUUCCAUCCGAUCUUCGAGACGGAAGUUGAUCGAGCAUACCGGAUCCGGUGCUUUUUCACUGAGUCGGUUAAAGCAUUAGAAGCCACAUUAGGUGUUAGUCAGUUGACAACGCAAAUUAUCGAGGGAGAAUUUGCUCUUCCGACGUGUAUGUAUGAGAUACGUGAAAGUCGUAAUGGUCCGUUCGUCAGGUUUGCACACAUCGGUGAUCACGUAUGGCAUGUGUGGCAUUGCGAUUUGGAAGCUGGUGUAAUAUAUGGUAUGCUAAUUCACUCAUGUCAUGUUGAUGAUGGUCAAGGCAAGCAGGUUCCAGUAGUUGACAAUAAAGGAUGUGUUGUGGAUCCUUUGCUGCUAUCAGAUAUCGAGUACGAUGACCAGGCCAUAACAGCUUAUGCAGAAACACGAGUUUUCAAGUAUUCUGAUAAAAUCCAGUUGUAUUUUACAUGUACUGUACAACUUUGUGUUAAGAAUGAUGGUGGCUGUGAUGAUGUAACCCCACCAGUUUGUGAGGAUGUCGAACAUCUGACACGAAUGCCAACCGAAUAUUCUUUGCCAGAUCAUGGUUAUCAUGAUGAUCCUUCGCAUUUUCAUCAUUAUGAGACCGAAAAGGAAUUUUUUGGAUCAAUCGACACUGCUCGCAAGGAAAUUAAAAGAAAUUUGCAUGUCACGCUACCGCCAGCAAUAGAAUCACCACUAAAAUUUAAUUUCUUGAAAAGUAACGCAAUACCUCGUGAAUUACGAGCUCGAAGAGGAAUUGUUCUCAACAAUAAUUUGAAGCUACCAAAAAUGGCUGCUCCGCAAAUGAGAGUUGCUGAAACGGAUCUUACGACACGUGUUGUUGUUUUCCCGCUGGUUGGAGUUGAGCCUUCAAAUACAUCUAUAAGCGACAAUAAAGGUAACUUAAUUGAGAAAAGAAGACGGAAGAAGUGGUAA